GCUUGACCUUGAAACCGGAACCGGCUGGUUUUUAGUUUUAUGAAGAAAGUCAGGAGGAAAAAAGUGGAAAAGCUUCGUUUUACAGGUGUAUUAACUGAAGAGCUAUGGAGCUGACCCUGGCUCACCCGGUCCUCAAGGCCUUCAUGUGCGGCUCUCUGAGCGGGACCUGCUCCACGCUGCUGUUCCAGCCCCUGGACCUGGUGAAGACCCGCCUGCAGACGCUGCACGGCAGCAUGCAGCCUGGGUCGAGCCGGGUGGGGAUGGUGUCUGUGCUGCUCACCGUGGUGCGAACAGAGAGGCUGCUGGGUCUGUGGAAAGGCGUUUCCCCGUCCUUCGCUCGCACCAUCCCCGGCGUGGGGAUCUACUUCAGCACCUUCUACUCCCUGAAGCAGCACUUCUUCCCGGACGGCCCCCCGGGGGCCCUGCACGCCGUGCUGCUGGGGGGCGGCGCCCGCACCGUGGCGGGGGUCGUCAUGCUGCCCGUCACCGUCAUCAAGACACGAUUUGAAUGUGGCCGGUACAGCUACGGCAGCGUGGCCGGCGCCCUGCGCAGCGUCUGCAGGACCGAGGGCCCCGCCGCGCUCUUCUCCGGCCUCAUGGCCACGCUCUUCAGGGACGUCCCCUUCUCCGCCAUCUACGUCAUGUUCUACAGCCAGACCAAGGCCGCGCUGCCCAGAGAGAUCAGCUCAUCGCCCUCGGCCGCCCUGGCGAACUUCGGCUGUGGGAUCCUGGCCGGGGUCUUGGCGUCUCUCAUCACGCAGCCGGCGGACGUCGUCAAGACGCAGGUCCAGGUCAACCCGCAGCUGAGGACGCUGCAGGCCGUCACACUCAUCCACACGGAGUCGGGGCUGCGGGGUUUCUUCAGAGGCGCCGUCCCUCGCUGUCUGCGCCGGACCCUGAUGUCGGCCAUGGCGUGGACCGUCUACGAACACAUGAUGGCGCAGCUCGGACUCAAGUCCUGAAGAGGAACGUGGCCCAGGAACAUUUUGGGGGAUUGAGAGCGGGAGCUGGAGAGGAACGGAGUUUCACGGCGGCGCCGGUCCAGGAGGCGUGUGGACAGUUUGAGCGCUCCUGUGCUUCAGAGCUGUCAAAACGGAUUUCUAAUCCACGCCGUCAUGUUUAGUUUUUGCACUACAGCCACUCGGCCGCGGGAUUUUAUGUGUUUGAGGAAUAAAUCCCACUCAGGGCAGACCAGACGCCGCAGACGGUGAUCACUGGGGACGGCAUCCCAGACCCAGCUCAGACUGAAGCCGUGCACUUUAACCUCAGCAGUGGUUUGAACCUGAGAGGAAACAGUGUUAUUUAUAGUGUUGAUGAGGUGAGAUGUGUUCUUCUGCAUUUAUCUGCCUUAGAAUGUGACUUUUAUUUCAGUUGCCUUUUGCUAAACUGUAUAAAACUUUUAACGAUAAAUUAAUCUUUGAGUCAUGAAACAUGCUUAUUGAUACAGGUUUUUUAUGAAUUUAUGUUUGCAAGGCGAAGAAUGUGAACUCCUGCAAUGCCACUUUGAACCAUGAGGGGGUGUAGCGAGUCGCUCUAUUCACAGCAGGGUGGUUACCAUGGUUACAGAUCUAAAGAUUGUUUGAAGUUGGGACGGACUGAAACACAAAUUGAUGCACUUCUUUACUUCAGGUUCUUUUUUUUAUA